GUUCCAGUUUUGGGAAUGACAGAUUCAGUCGUGGAUCAACAAAAAGCUGAUCUCUUUGUAGAGAAUUUCUUUGAGAAAAAAUCAAUUACAGAAAUUGUGACCCCAAUUGACAAUGAAUUUGAUGAAGUUGUUCCAAGUUCAAAUCCAAACUCUCAAACUGAAGAAGAAACGAAUUUAUAUACUUGUGAAGAUUACAUUGAAAUCCUUUCACCUAUUAACCCUUUAGUAAUAUAUCCAGCACUUCAAGCAGAGAACCAAGAUUUGUCUACUAAUGAAGAGAUCGUUUCUGUAGAUAAUUUUAUGAACUAUAAAAGUCACCUGACAACUUCAGACACUCUAUUAAGUGGUCAGAAAUUAUGUUUGGUUGAAAAGCCCCAUGUAGACUUCAAAGGACAAAGCACAGAAGCAGAUUUUUCCAGUGAAUGUUUCUCUUUUCAAGAAGAUUUGGAAAGCUUUAUGAAGGAUGAUUUUUUCAUGGAUGAAGAAAACCUUGGUCAAGAAAAUCUAGAAAACAUACCAUCAAUAUUGCCCAAGAAUGAAACCUUAAUAUCUUCAAGUCUCAGUCAAGAAGGUGAUAUUUCAGCCUUCUCAGAACUGAAGGAAUCAUUAAACUUCAUGCCAGAAGAAGUAAUUUAUGAAGAUACAAAUAAAGAGCUUGCCCAAAAAGAUAUUAUUAUCAAGCAAGACAUUAGAAAUGAAGAUACGAAAUGCAGCUCCAUCGAGAUUUUGACCACUCAAAGUCACAUUGAAUCAAAGAACAGUGAACCAGAUUCUACUACCAAUCAAAACACUGAAAAUGAAGAUAUAAAAUGCAACCCCAUUGAGAUGUUAGUCACUCAAAGUCAGAAUGAGCCAAUGAACACAGAGCUAGAUUCUACUACCAAUCAAAACACUGAAAAUGAAGAUAUAAAAUGCAGCUCCACAGAAAUGUUGGGCACUCAAAGCCAGAGUGAACUAAAGAACAGUGAACCAGAUCUUAUUAUCCAGCAAAACUUUGAAAUUGAAGAUAUAAAAUGUGGUUCCACAGAAAUUUUGGCCACUCAAAGUCAAAGUGAACCAAAGAAUAGUGAACCAGAUACUACUACCAAGCAAAAAUUUGAAGCCAAAGAUAUAAAAUGCAGCUCAAUAGAGAUCUGUGCCACUCAGAGUCAGAAUGAACCAAAGAAAAGUAAACCAGCAAUGUUAGAAAUGCCACUAAUUCCUCUGAAUUUAACAAACCAACAUUCUUCAGUGAGUUUAUUGUGUCCAGGACUUAAGACAUUUUCAUUUUCUCCUGUUGGUGAAAUUUUGCUUACUGCUGAAGAAUCAGUUAACAAAUACUUGAAGGUAUGGCAAUUACAAAGCUGCAGAAGUUCUUUGAAUUCUCUUUUGCAUACAGUGCCAAGUAUUGAAGAGCCCAUCAACCAGCAUCGAGCUAUAAACCUGAAAAAGGCAUUUUCUACUGAAGAAAAAAGUGUCAUGGUUAGUCCUAUAAAUACAAAGGGAUGGAAACAAGCAAGACUACACCUGAUAAUGACAGAAGAUUUGAAACAUCAGAAUAUAUAUUUGUGUCCUGAUGAUCUAUCUUCUGAUGAUACUAAAAUGAAGAUUAACUUGCCUAGUAAAGAACUUCAAUUAGAAUCAUGGCAAGAACAUAAAGGUUGUCCCUCAUCUAUUGUACUUAUUGAUGAGAAAUCUACAAAUGAUCAUUUAUCUCUUCCACAAAAAAGUCCAUCUUUGGUAAAAGAAGUACCAGACCUAUGUUUUUCUGAUGAUGAUAUCUCUGUUAAGACACCAACAAAGGAAGAGAAAGCAAAAACUGAUGUGGAACUAGUUGUGAAAAUAAUUGAAAAUGAAGAAAAUAAAGAUUACAAGGAACUUUGUCACACAGUACCAUCAUCUAUUGAGUCACAUUCCUCUCCAAAAAUUGAAAAAACAUCUUUUAAGAGUGGCAAAAGUUGUGGGAAUAAUUUGGACCUUUUGAGUGACUUUAUUAUGCUUCGAAAAAAAUAUAAUACUUGCAUCUCAACAAAUCACAAUGAUGAAGUCAUAAACAAUGAUAAAAAAGAUGGCAAAGAGUGUUCUUGGAUGCUUCAAGAAGAAUGUAUGAAUAAAACCCUAGAAAAAGUCAAUCCAGAGAAAAUGGAAGAGAAUGUCACGGAAGAGAAUGUCACCAAAGACAAUGUCACUGAAGAUAAUGUCAUUGAAAUUCAAGCAUCAGAUAGCCAGUGCCAGGCAUACUGUCUCCUAGAAGCCACUGCUACUCCCAUUUUAAAAGAACUUGUAUGUCUCUCUACUCACCAGGCUGCUAGUUGGAAAUUUGCCACUGUAAUUUUUGAUCAAACAAGGUUCCUCUUAAAGGAACAAGAAAAAUUAGUAAGUGAUACUAUUCCCCAAGGUACAAGUAAUGAAAGAGAGACAACAUACAAGUAUGCUGCUCUCUUACACCUUCUGGUAACAAUUAGAGAUGUACUUUUAACAUGUAACUUGGACACAGCUUUAGGAUAUUUGUCAAAUGCAAAGGAUAUCUACCAAAGCAUUUUAGGCUCUUACUUAGACAAUGUUUGGAGACAACUGACAAUUAUACAAUUUAUUAAGAGGAAAAACCCUGAAACCAAUUAUAAGAUACAAGAAUUGCAAUGUCAGGUACUGACUUGGAUGCAAAACAAAGAGCAAAUUAAGGUACUGAUUAUAAUAAGAAUGGAAUCAGAUGGUGAAAAAGAUUUACUUAUUAAAAUCCUUAAGAAAAUGGAAGGUUUUAAAUUGACUGUCUUACAUCCUAACGAAAGGAAAAAAUAUUUGGCAUCCGGAAAUGUUUUAAAUGGUACAAGUUCCUGUGUAGUUGUACAUAAUCAAUACAUUGGAGCAGAUUUUCCCUGGAGUCAUUUCUCAUUUGUGGUGGAAUACAAUUAUGUAGAAAAUUCUUGUUGGACCAACCACUGCAAAAAAUUGAAUAUUCCUUACAUGGCUUUUAAAGUGAUUCUUCCAGACACUGUUUUAAAGAGAAGCACUUUGUUGGAUAGAUUUGGUGGUUUCCUUUUAGAAAUUCAGAUUCCUUAUGUAUUUUAUGCCUCUGAGGGACUUCUUAAUAAUCCAGAAAUACUUCAGUUGCUAGAAUCCAGUUACAAUAUCACCCUAGUGGAAAGAUGCUGCAAUGAGUCACUGAAACUUUUUGGAGACACAGAGCAUUAUGUAGUAAUGACAAUUAAUGAACAUACUGCCAUAAUUUUGCAGGACCUCGAAGAAUUAAAUUCUGAGAAGGCAUCAGACAAUAUUGUUAUGAGAUUAAUGGCAUUAUCUUUCCAAUACAACUAUUGUUGGAUAAUUUUAUAUUUCAAAGACACAGUUAACUCAGAGUACCAUCUUACAGAAAAGACCCAUCAGCACCUAGCACAGCUUUAUGCAGCUUUGGUUUCCUGUGGGCUAAAAUCAGAACUGGAUGUAAAGCUUAUAAUGUCCCCAGGAGUAGAAGAGACUGCACUAUUAAUUCGACAAAUAGCUGACCAUAAUUUAAUGACCUCAAAGAGAAAUCCGUAUGACUAUCUGGAUAAAUCCUGGUUUGAAGUUUCACCAUCUAAGGAAGAAAUAUAUUUACUUGAUUUUCCAUGUAUUAAUCCAUUGGUGGCACAGCUCAUGUUAAAUAAAGGACCCUCACUGCACUGGAUAUUACUGGCAACUCUUCCUCAACUUCAGGAACUCUUACCUGAAGUUCCAAAAAAAGUGUUAAAGCAGUUUUGUGACAUCACUUCCUUAUUCAAGAUUAGUUCUUCUCCCAUAAAAGAAUCAACUCAAAUUUUAUCACCUCCAAAAAACAAUAAUCAGACCUUUGCUUCUCAGAGUUCAGCAUCUGGUUCCACAGACUGUGUCAUUCAAGAACAUAAUGAAUAUUAUCAAUAUAUAGACUUAGGAGAGACUGUACAGAAAGAUACAAAUACUACUUCAAAUUAUGAUGCUUCUUUUAUGGAAUUAAGAAAAAUAUGCCUUUCACCACCUGUGACUUCUUACAAUCAGACCAGCUACUGGAAAGACUCCAGUCAUAAUCUUAACAUAAUGCAGAACAAUUCUUUUCUGACUAACAGAAAAUCCGGAAACAUGGCUAGGAACUCAUUUUUAUAUCAGAAUAACUCAGAAUCAGAUAUAUUUUCUUUGGGUCUGAAACAAUCGUAUAGUGCACCCAUAUCACCAGCUGACACUCAGGAGAUAUUUGUUCCUGGUUGUAUAAAUUAUCAGGAAAGGGGACUACCCAAAGCAAAAGGAUGUAUAAAUAAAGAAGCAUCUACUCCCAGCCCAGGGUGCUCUCACUGGAACAUCAAAAACAAUGUUCAGGAACAACAUUACUCAUUCAACUUACCACAUGAGACAGAGCAGACUACCCGGAACAAGUGGUUCUCCCAGGAAGACCAUUUAUUCACUGAGCAGCGGAAAUGUCUACUGAAUGAAUUAGGAAGUUUCAUAUGUGAAAGUUCAAAUUCUGGGACUAAGAAGUCUGUCUGUAGAGAAUCGCCAUUUGCUCCCAGUAUGGAUUUAUUUUGUGCUUCUGAUACUCAUGUAAAUCAAAAAGAAUUCAACAAUUUUAAUUUUAACCAAAGUGCUGAAAAAUGUUUAGGACAGAAAAGGCACUCUGAAUUUUCAUCUACCUCAAGGGAAAAUGAACCAUUAGCAGGUGGUAUGUGCUCACAAUUACCACAAUUCAAAAAACGACGUCUCGUCUAUGAAAAAGUCCCCGGUAGAGUUGAUGGACAAACUCGUCUAACAUUCUUUUGAAAGAGAAAAAGGUGUGACAUACUUUUAAUGAUAAUGACUUACAUUUGUUGAUACAUGAAAAAAAUGCAGUUGUUGGUUUUUCGAUUUUGUUUUGUUUUGGGGCCACAUCCGGCAAAACUCAGGGUUACUCCUGGUUUAAGAUUCCAGGGAUCGAACCCAGUUGACCACAUGAAAGACAAACACCCUACCCAUUGUACUAUCACUCCAGUCCUAGAAAUGCAAUUGUCCUUACAUGUUCUUGCUGUUUCAAUUCAUUAUAUUGUAUUUUGCCCCAAUACUUUGCAUCUUUAUAACUAAAACAUUCAAAUUAUCAUGAUGGUAAUAAGAUACAAAUAUCUCCAAUUUAUCUAAAUAACUCAUGUUUUGUUAGAGAAAGAGAAAACUUUAUUGAAUACAUGUAAAAGGGGUAUGUAGGAUGUGUGUGUGUGUGUGUGUGUGUGUGUGUGUGAGUGCACGCGCAUGUACGUUUAAAUUUCAAAAUCUACGAUUUUCUUGAAUUCUCAAGUUUUUGCCAAACAGGAAAAGUGAAUCAAGUAAAGGUUUUUUUUUUUCUUUUUGGGUCACACCCAGCGAUGCUCAGGGGUCACUCCUGGCUCUGCACUCAGGAAUUACUCGUGGCGGUGCUCGGGGGACUAUAUGGGAUGCUAGGAAUCGAACCCUACCCACUGUGCUAUUGCUCCAGCCCCUCACGUAAAGUUUUUUUGGGACAUACAAAAGGCUAUACAUAAUUAAAGUAAUACGUGAUGAGCUUGAGAUAAUGUGGAAAUUUUUAAUUUGUAAAGAUAAUGUGAAGUAUAAACCAUCCUCCACAUGUAUAAAACUAUCCUUCACUUUUAUGCUAUAAUACUCUUACCACCAAAAGUUUCUUCCAACCCUCAGUGUGUGCACACAUGUGCAUGCGUAUGUGCAUGUGUGUGUGUGUGUGUGAGAGAGAGAGAGAGAGAGAGAGAGACAGAGACAGAGACAGAGACAGAGACAGAAACAGAGACAGAGACAGAGAGACAGGAAGCAUAGACAAUAUAGAGUCCACCCUGUUAGGAAAAUUCCAAGCAUAUGAUACAAUAUUGUUAACUUCAGGCACUAGAGUUAACAGCACAUCUCUAAGAUAUACUUGUCUUGUAUAACAAAAUUUAGUAGGAAUUGUUUAAAAUGUCUAUUGUUAAGCUGACAAUGAAACACAAUAAAGAAAGAAUCCAAAGAGAAGCUGAAGAGAAAGGAAAGAAAGGAUAAUUGAUGGUAAGGCAUUUCAGAAGUGAAACAGAUCCAGAAUACAGGGAUUAGUAAAGGGAUAACUGAAUUAUGAUGAAUGGAAGGGAUUCAGAUCAUUUAGAUUUAGAAGUGGUAGCUAUUUUCAUUUAUAGGCUUUCAUGUCACUAUAUCAAAGAGCAAAUACUGUCAGUAAUUGAGUAAUUUCUGCAUGCUAUAUUAUUUCCCC